AUGCGGUGUGAAGCCGCAUCAGAGGGCAACGGAAACAACGAAAUGGCGAAAUUAUUCACGGGAGAGGAGGAGGUGGAUGACUCGGAAUUAAAACUCAAUACCGCCAUUUUCCGAGAAAGCGACUCUGUAUACCGACUUAUGAUGCUGGUGUCUACCGGGGUCGUUUUGCGCGUCUUUGACCCUACAGAGGUACUCAAUUGUCUCUUGAACUCCCGAAUGCCUUUGUGUUCCUGUCACAACAACCAGGAUUCAGAAGUGAGGGAGGCGAGGACAGCUGCUAGAGUAUACAGAUUGGAAGACAUAUUGGAAGAAUGGAACUCAAUAUCGCCCCAAACUGACAUCCAGGUCACACGUAUUCUUUGUGAUUAUCUCAAAGUAAAUGUUGCUCUUGCUCUAUCUGGUACUGGGGUUGUUAUGACUGAUGUUCGAUUGUGCUGUUUGGAGUGUGCAAUUGAAGAGGCAAUCAGGGAGCUCAAAGAUUAUUACCCACGACGUGUCAUUAGGACACAGUUGGUGAACCGGGCUUUAACUAGUUAA